GCGGCCACCAUGGAUGUACAGCCUGGACAUUGCUGGUCUUGUGAGAAACGUCUCCCACAGAGGACUGUGCCUUGCGACAGGUGCCCUGUUGCUGUCUACUGUACCACAUCAUGCCGGGACAGAGACAAAGUCAGACACGGUGCUGUCGAGUGUGAGAUAUUUCAGCCAAAAAAGUGCAGCGCUUGCGGAAAACGUGGCAAAACACUUGAGUGUUCAGGAUGCAAUGACGCAUGGUACUGUGAUACAGGCUGUCAACGACGUGGCUGGCCAUUCCACAAAGCGAAGUGUAAGAAUAUUAUGGCUGUUGUCAAACAAGUAUCACUACAAAUAUGUAGACCAACACAUGACGACUUCCCCUACUAUAUUGGGAACACCAUGGCUAAAGACUUCCUUCAACUUGAAAACAACGAAUCGUCCACAGAUGGAGUGGACAAGGAACACCUGACCAUGGACUAUCAUGUUCUCUCUGCUGGUUGUGGAAAUCUGCGUAACACAGUGUUGACAGCUGCUUCCUUGCCUGACAAGUACCAGGGAAAACUUCACAUCACCCUCAAUGACCAUGACCCUUUUGUCAUGGCAAGGAAUGUGCUGUUUCUCUUCAUGUUGGUUCGCUUCGCAGACACUGACUACAUUGCUUCCAGUUUGACAACCAUCUGGUACUCACUCCAUAUUUCCAAGAGAGACUACGACUUGAUCAAGACAAGCUUGGAUGAACUCCUUCAGAUGAGUGUUCAGCAACUCCACGACGCCUCAAAAGGACUUGUGAGUGUCCUGGAUGACGACCUCGGUUAUAUGAAUCUUGUUUGGGAAAAUUGGCGAGUGUUGGAAUGUCAACGAGACAAGAAAACCUCAAUCAAUCUCAGACAACAAAGAAAGAUUCUGUUUGAUAACUGCCCACUUGCUAAGGUGAUCCACCCUAACUAUCUAAGUCGUAUCAACGAAAACGAUAGAAAACCGAUUGAAGGGUGUUUGGAACAUGGGCUUUUUGUUCCCUUUGAGGCGAAGGAAAAGGACAUGCCAUUUGACAACCCAACACUAACUGCCCCAAAGGCAAGUAAAACAAUGUCAGGUAAGGAUGUAAGCGUAUUUCUUCUCCUAAACAAACUAAUGCAAGUAGAAGAUGCCACAUUUGUGUAUUGUAUUCGGCCAGUUAUUAUUCCCUUUGAAGAAUGGGACUGCUUGAGAGUAAGAGAGCACACCCCUGGAUCCCACUCCUCUCCGAUGGUGAUGUACCACAAGUAUGUGACAAACCUCCUCCAGAAAGUCAAGAGUCUCAUCCUUCAAGGAAGGCUCCUUAUCCAUGUCUCCUUGGUCAAUUGUCUGGACUUUCCUAAUCGCCAUCAAUCACUGAACAUGCCCAACUAUGACCGAAUCUUCACCUCCAACAUUGCUGACUAUGUUGGCAUUCCUAGACUUCUCCGCACAUUUAAGCCACUGGUUAAUGCCAGAAAUAUUAACUCGGCUAUUGUCACUGAGAGUAUGAAGUGGUUCGCAACAGUUCCUGGAUCUAAACCUGACAUUGAGGAACUUCCAGACAAACAGCGUGCAAAGAUUAUCAGUUACUUCAGAGAUAGUACGACAGGAAUACCACAAAUACAACAUACAUUGAUGUCAGAGUACUUCAACAACACCUCCCAAUUUCUCCAAUAUCUCCGAGCAGAUAUCAUGGCGGGGGGACUUGACAUUCCAGCACUCGAGACAAUCCCAUCAUUUGGGAGUGUCAAGAAAUACCACGGCAUGGAAAUGCGUGACUUCAGGGAGGGACUGAACAAGCUUGUACCAUUCCAGUACACACUUACUAAACGAGACCUUAAUAUGAAUAAUGCACGUGAAAGGGCAGUAGAGUGGUGCCUACCCAGAGGUUAG